UCCCUCCCAUGCAUGCUUCUUAGAAAGCAUUCCAAAACGGUGAGUGAAUCAUUUUGUGCAGAUUUCUUGCCAUUCAACUGCAGAGCAAAACUUCGUAGAGGGAAACCAUGCCGAGGACUCAAAUUCUCUCAUCUGGGUUGGGUUCAAGUCAGGUUGUAGCAUCCUUCAGAAAUUCAAAACCCUCUGGUUAUUGCAGAUUUCAUUUGGGAUCUAUUUCAAAUCAUUUGUCAUCAACUCCUUUGGACAACAGGAAACGCUGUUGUCCAUUGCUUAAUAGAAAUGGCAUGUUACAGAGGGCACCAACCCACCUGUUACCCAAAGCUAAGGAAAAUGACAGGGCUUUGGAGAUUGAUAUAGGGGAAGAAGAGUCUACAAGAGAUUUUGGGGUUUCAGGGAAGUUCAUGACUGCAGUGGGAUUAAUAAUGGGCACUGCAGUUGGGCCAGGAAUAUUGGGUUUGCCUGCAGCAACACUAAAUGCUGGUACUCUGCCAUCAACUGUGACCAUUUUGGGCUCAUGGGUGUAUGUUAUUUCAUCCAUCUUGCUUGUGGCAGAGCUUUCUUGUGCUGUUAUGGAAGACAGAGGACUGGAAGAGGUGAGUUUUACUGGCUUAGCAAUGCAUACAUUGGGAGACAAUAUGGGAGCUUUUGUUGCAGUGGUUUAUGCAAUGUUGAACUAUGCUCUUUUGGUUGCUUGCAUUGCUGGCCUGGGUUCCCUUGUUCAGCUAUGGAUGCCCUUUUUGUCAUCUUUUGUUGCUUGUGCUGCUUUUCCUGUCAUAGUUGGGGGGAUUAUAGGAUUAGCAUCCUUUAAGGUUAUUGAUGGUGUGAAUAGGGUUUUGUGUGUUCUUAUGGUUGCAUCUAUUUCUGCACUUGUGGGAGUGGGGGUAUUUGUAAGGAGGCAAUGUAUAUGGAAUUCUUUGAACCAUGUAGUGUGGGCUCCAGAUGUUCUUUUGCCUGCUGUCCCUGUAACUGUGCUCACACUGGGGUUUCAUGUCAUAACGCCUUUUAUAUGCAAGAUUGUAGGGAGAAAACCUAGAGAUGCCUUUAAGGCUAUUAGCUGUGGUGGGGCUGUGCCUCUUGCAAUGGUCUUGUCAUGGAAUGCAGUUAUUUUAGGCCUUGCUCAGUCUAGUACCCGUUCUAGGACAUUGGAUCCAAUAAAACUUUUGCUGUCUCUGAAUUCCUCUGCUAUACCUGUAGUGCAAGCAUUUGCCUUUUCAGCCCUCGGAACAACACUGAUUGGUUAUGCACUAAGUUUUCCUAAACAGUUGUAUGAUACUCUUUGCUUGAUCAACAUGGUUGCCCGAAAGAAUUAUAGAGCAUGUUUGGGGAACUCCCCUAACAAACUGGAAGCUGAAAAAACAGUGAGAAAUUGCAAUGGUGUUCAAAAAGUUGCACAAAGAAGCAGUACAACCAAUGGAAGUGACAGAGAGGCUAGCUUGGAUGACCUGUUGGAAGGUCAUGAACUUGGUAGAAUGGGCUACCAUGGACAACCAGAAAUAGCUUUGAAAGAUUCUUCUAGUAGUGGGUAUGGAAUGCAAAUAUCUGCUUACAAGGAGCAGAACAAUGCCCAACAUGAUGGAAAUAUAUUGAACAGAAGUACACAUGAAGAGGACAGCAAUUUUUCUAGAGACUUUUCUGCUAAGAGCCUGAGAAAGAAGUUAACAUUAUCUGGCACAGAAAGUGGUAGCACUGAAAGUAAAAGUGGGACCUUGUCUAGUGAAACAGAACACUUGUCAAAUCUCAAUCAUUCAAAAUCAGGAGAGACCUUGAUGGUGUGCCUUGUUCUAGGCCCUCCCAUUCUUAUCUCAUCCUUAUUCCCCAAAGCUUUUGCAGUAGCACUUGAUUUUGCAGGGGUCUAUGCCAACUGUUUCUUGUUUGGCAUCUUACCUCCAUUGAUGGCAUGGAUCUAUCGCUACAAUAUUGUGAGAAGGUAUGUUCUGAACCACUUUAUGCAUAUAUUGAUAUGGCUUGGUAAACAUUUUUCAAUAAAUGAUGGAACCGUUAUCACCCUUCUAUAG